AUGAAGCUGAACCAUGUUUCUCUGGUAUCGUCGUGUUCUCGCAUCAAGACCGCGCCUCUGCAUCCACGGCUAGGCAACGCUGUCAGAUGCUUUCACUCCUCAACACGCUGCUCCACUUCGAGGGACUAUUACCAGGACCUUGAGGUAUCACCGGACGCGACGAAGGUGGAGAUCAAGGCUAAGUUCUAUGAGCUGAGCAAGAAGUAUCACCCUGACGUGGCAAAGGAUGACAAGUCGCGAGACAAGUUUGUUUUGGUGAAUCAGGCGUACGGGGAGCUGAUGAACGACGCGAAGAGGUGUGCUGUCUUUGUCCUGUGUCCAUUCCUCUCCACCCUUCUUUCUUUCUCUGUUCUAUCAGAGUUCGACAGCAGACUACGCGCCCGACAAUCACACAGCCAGCCCGAACCCUCCUUCGUACGCACACGAUCCACGUCCUUCUCCAACCGCUGGCGCACGACCCCUCCUCCCUCACAAGGCCCUCGGUACCCGUACACGCCCCCGUACGCGCGCGCACAGCAGGCGUACGAGCAGCGUCAACGCCAACAACAGCACGACGGCACGCACACUGGCCAUGGCCAUGGCCACGACCCACACCCGGGACAGGGGCAGCAGCAGCACCACAGACCACACGACCACGUCUUCGAGACGCACCGGAUGCACAAGUACCAGUACUACCGCCCGCCGCCGGGACAGACAACAGCGGGAAGCUACACCUGGUCGGCACACGACCCGUUCUCGAGCCCGUGGGUGCAGCGCGCGACGGGGAAGCGCGCCGCCGGAGCUGAAAGUGGAAGUGCAAGUGGAAGUGGAAGUCACGGUGGGGCGAGCGGUGCCAGCGGUGACGUGCCCCCCGGCCCUGGGUCAGGUAGACCGUACGGGCACAAUCCGUACGCGAACGACCCACCAGGCGGCGGUGGGACUGGUGCCACACCCAGGGGAUCGAGCGCACGAGCACAGCAGCAGUCGGCACACGACGCGGCCGCGCGCGCGAGCCCUUUUGGGCGGAUGGUCGUCGCGCUGGGUGCGGCUACGCUGAUUAUGGGGCUUGCGCAGUGGGGCGCGCAUGGCUGA